AGGGCGCUGUGAGCUCAGAGCUGUGUGACAAGCAGCCACUGCCUCAGAGAGUCGCUUUCCGUCUCAGACCCCGCCACUCCGCGUUCGCCUCCGCCAGGUGUGGCACAGCAAACCAUGAACUCUCCAGUCGCUUAUUUCACCGUCUAUAUUCUGGGUGUACAGCUGGUUUCUGCAGCAUAUCCUAAUGGGUCUGCAGCCUCGGUCACAAACACACAGCAGCCUAACAGCUCAGAAACCUGGGCACUGUCCAGCGCCCCGCCCGCUACAGGCUCCAGCCUGACCUCGGGCCAGAGCGCGCUGUUCAAUGGCACACAAGAUGGAAGCAACCUCACAACCACGAGUAUGGGCGGCUUCAACGACACAGAAGGCGGUGAUGGCAACACGACUGUGGAAACGAGCUCUCCGAACGACGGCAUGCGGAAACCAGCAACGAGUCAGCCCAAAGGCGAGGAUACCCCUGCCGUAACCACGGAGGGCAAGGCCACAGCAACGGCAAAAUCCAGCUCAACUACAGUGGCGAAAACAGCAGCUGUGAAUGUAGGCUCGGGAUAUGUCCUAUUGGUCCUCCUUAUAUUAGUCAUUAUAUGUUUUCUGGUUGUCAUUUACUUCCUGCACAAGAAAUCAAAGCGGUACUCCUUUGACCUGCACCACAAGGUGGGCGAGGAGGCCAGCAUUCCCCUGAACACGGUGGACCAGGAGGGGUCCUUCCAGCCCACGGGCACUAAGGAAGCAGAUGAUCUAGCUCAGCCAGUGGAAGAGGAGAACAUCCCAAACAGCAUCACUGUGGGCCUGACAGCCAACGGGCCUUCAUCAGAGCCUGAACCCGGCAGUGACCACGAUGAGGGAAGCCUUGAGAAGGCGCCCAGCGAGGACAGUUUCGGCUCUCAGGCCCCCCUGAGCCCCAAAGAUGAGCCUUUCACCCUGGAUCUCAACGACCUCAACCUCAACCCCUCCACCCACACCUCCGUGGAGUCUCUGGGGGAGCCGAAUAAUGAGAACAACAACGCGGGCAGCGGGGACACCCCCGGACAGGAUUCUGCCCAGGCCGACCUGAACCAGGACGUGGCUGAGACUCACCUGGAUGAGACUGCAUGAGCCGGGUCACCUGACCUGGGCCUCCCCCCAAUGUGCGUGAAGACGGGACGUCAGGAUGGAGGAAGUACAGCAGAGUGACUGGGAUCCCCAUACCCCCUGUCCCAUACCCUAAUGUAGACCCGUACCAUAAUGUAGUCCCAUACCCUAAUGUAGUCCCAUACCCUAAUGUAGUCCUGUACCCUAAUGUAGUCCUGUACCCUAAUGUAGUCCCGUACCCUAAUGUAGUCCCAUACCCUAAUGUAGUCCCAUACCCUAAUGUAGUCCCAUACCCUAAUGUAGUCCUGUACCCUGAUGUAGUCCCACACCUGAAUGAGGAUUCUUAGCCACUGGCUCAAAAUGUACAGUUUUGUUACCACUUUUACUUGCUUGCUGCAAAUUGGCUUUCAUUCGUAUCGCUUGGCUUAGCUCUCAUGUGCAGGUACCAGUCAGAGUUAAACUAAAACUCAUCUUCCCUGUGGUCCCAUUGUCCAGGUCCAGCACUAAGAUGACUGUACUUACAUUGUGAGUGUGAUGGCAGGUUCAGACUAUAGCUGUGCAGGGAUACUAGAUUUUAAAAAUGCCUGGGGUGCUUAAUUGAGCUUGUACAAUCACUAACAUGAUACACUUCAUUGUUUAAAUAUUCAGUGUACAUGUAGAAUGAAUACCUUUGUGAUGUGUAUUUAGCAAUGACUGUGUGUGUUUUUAUAAUUAGUAAUAAUUGUUAUUAUAGUUUCCGAGGUAGAUAAGUUGUAUUAAUUAUGGUUUUCUCAGUAGUAGUGAAACUUGAAUUGUUAUAUGAGUGAAAGUAAUAGUGAUUUUCUAUAACUUGUAAAAUUAAUCAUACUGUAAUUAAGUCUAAGUCUUUCUUUUUUUGUUAAACUGAAUUGGAUGUAUACCAUAAAUGGAACUUGAUCUGUGGAAAUGUUUUAUGCAAUAAAUUUCAUGUUUCUCUUAAGAA